AUGCCUGGUAAAUCUCAAGACUCUCGCCUCACCGUGACGCAACCUUGCUCAACGUUUAAUUCGACAGCUUUUUUCGAUGACCCGUAUCUUACUUCAGAAGACAGUUCCAGCUCCCGUGGUUCGCAACAUGGCUCUGUGCCCGUUUAUCCUAUCGGAUUUGAAGACGAAGCGAUAGCUACCCCACAGAUCAUGUUUGAUAACCUCCGAGUCGGACCCCCCAUGAAAGCGAAAAUAGGUUCAGAUGUCCUCGUUUCGCUUACGACCCAACGAAGAACAAGGCCCGCACAGCACAAAUGCGAUUUGUGUCCGUCAGAUUUCACGACCAAGUACAAUCUUAGAAACCAUAUGAAGUCGCAUUACGCGAUUCGAGAUUACCGCUUGGUACUAUUUUAUGUGUACGAAUAA